AUUCGAGAGAUCGAGAACUCGAAGAAGCAAAGCAACCAAAAGAAAUAAAGAAAGAAAGAAAGAAAGAAAGAGAAACGAAUAAAAAGCCAAGGAGGAUACACGAAGUGGGGUUUCGAAUUUCCCAUUCUUUUCAGUUUCCGCUGGUUCCAUUAAAUUCCAUUUCCCUCUCAUUUCAUAAUCCCCAUUUGCCAAACACACACACAAAGAUACAUAGACGUAGAGAAAGAUAAAGAUAACAGAGAUCGAUAUGGAAGGAACUUCGAGUUCUCGAGAGGCACAGAUGAUUGGUGGGGUAUCGAGGGAAGUACAGGUCUCGAUAGCUGCGACGACGAUGUUUCCUGGGUUCAGGUUUGCUCCGACGGACGAGGAAUUGAUUUCGUAUUACCUGAAGAGGAAGUUGGAGGGUUAUGAGCAGAGCGUGGAAGUGAUUUCAGAGGUUGAGAUGUGUAGACACGAGCCUUGGGACUUACCAGCCAAAUCAAUCAUUCAAUCAGAUAAUGAGUGGUUCUUCUUUUCUCCUCGUGGAAGAAAGUAUCCAAAUGGCUCACAAAGUAAGAGGGCAACUGAAAUGGGUUACUGGAAAGCUACUGGAAAAGAACGAAAUGUAAAAUCAGGUACCAACGUGAUAGGUACGAAGAGGACUCUAGUGUUCCACAUAGGUCGUGCUCCAAAAGGGGAAAGGACGGAAUGGAUUAUGCAUGAAUAUUGCAUGACCGGGAUUUCUCAGGAUUCUUUGGUUAUUUGUCGCCUCCGGAAGAACAGUGAGUUCCGUCUAAAUGAUUCUUCAAACCGAGCUUCUCCAAGUCAAAGGAUAACUAUUCCUACUGGUAAUGGUGCAGUCUCUGAAGUUGGUAUUGACCAGACUGGAUUGUCAGAGGGGGACAGGGCAGCUGGUAGUUUUUCUGAUUCUUAUUCCAUUGACCAAAUUGAUUCAACAUCUGAGUCUGAACCGAGACUGUCAACUGAGGUUACUCUGACAGAAACUUCUAGCCAGCAGAAGGAAACUGACUUUGAAGAAGACUGGUUUGCUGAUAUACUGAAUGAUGACAUUAUUAAGCUUGAUGAAUCUUCCCUGUCACUGGUUACUGGUAAGUUUGAGGCUGAGAGAAAAGAUCAAGAACCAGUGCAAGCAACUUUUUCCCGGGUGAUUCCUUUACAAGGCACAGCAAAUCGGAGAAUCCAAUUAAGAUUACGAGAAACAAUGACCUCUGCUGCAGAGGUAUCGGAAUCAUUGGAAACUGGCAAUGACAACUACGUCGUAGUGAAAGAUAAUUGUCCAUUGGAAACUGGCAAUGACAACUACGUCGUAGUGAGAGAUAAUUGUCCAAACCAAGACAAGCAACCAGAAUGUCUGUUAGAUAUGCUUUCUCCUAAAACAACCAAUCAUUGGCGAGUAUCGAUAGUUUUUGUUAUUUUGGCUUUGCUAGCUUUGUUUGUGUCUUUGUGGGGAGGAUCCAAGCAAGUCAAAAGGAUAACAUAUACCGCUUUAUAUGAGCACUUUUGGCAGCGGAUGUAAAAUUCAGACUGGGUCUUUUUCAUAACUAAUGUUGAUUAUAAAUGAAGGUUUAAAUAGUCAAAACUCAAAAGAGCAUGGUGUUUUAAAA